UGACCAUUGGAUAUGACUGUCACUAACUCUAGUCGGUGGGACGGGCGCGGCGGAAGAAGUUUGAUAACAAAAAAUUGAAAACAUUUACAACAACAUUAGUAGGUAGUUACAUUAUUACAUGUAGGAACUUGUUACUUGACACUUGUCCUCUCCCAGUCCCCACUUUACACUAGACAUUGUGGGAGCCCCUCUAUUGAGUGAAGAAGAAAUUGGUCUCAUUGAGAAAGAGAAGUUGGUAGUUGCAUCAGUCUUUAAGAUAUGUCUAAAGAAUAUGAAAUGGAUUCCUACGAUGAUGACCCAAGUGAGAUGGAACCUAGGCUGUAUCAAACACAACUAGAAGAAAUUGCAGUUAAAAAGAAUACUAUCAUCCAUUUGCCUACAGGAUCUGGAAAAACUUUUAUUGCCGUGAAAUUAAUCAAACGAUUCAUGAAUGCCCUAAAAAAGCCAUGGGGUGAGGGAGGAAAAAGGACUUUCUUUCUUGUAAACACAGUGCCCUUGGUGAACCAACAGAAAGUAGUUAUUCUAAGAAGUUGCCCUUUGGAAGUGGGCGGCUAUAGUGGUGAAGAUAGGGUGGAUUUCUGGAAAAAAGCCAAAUGGGACAAUGAACUUUCCAAGUAUCAUGUUAUUGUAAUGACCAGCCAAAUAUUGAAUGAUAUGCUCACACAUCAAUACAUAAGGAUCCAAGAUAUAAACUUGAUCAUAUUUGAUGAAUGCCAUCAUGCUGUGGAAGAUCAUCCAAUGCGACAGAUUAUGAAGCAUUUUGAAGCUUGUCCUACUAAUGAACAGCCGAGAAUUCUAGGUUUAACAGCAACUUUGUUGAAUUCCAAUGUCACAUUGAAUAAAGUUGAAAAAACUCUACAAGACCUCGAAACAACAUUCCAUGCCACAAUCGCAACUGUAAAUGAAAUGGGAGAGGUUUUAAAAUAUUCAACAAACCCAGAAGAGAAGAUAAUAUACUACAAAGCUCCUUCUCCAACAAGAGCUAUCUUAGAUGCUAAGGCAAUGUUAAAUGAGCUAAUAAUUUUGAUACGCAGCAUCAAAUUACCUAAAAUUCUUAAAAAUUCAUGUAUGCCAUUGCGUAAGGAUCAAACGGAUAUAACGGCCGAUCCUAAUAAGAUAAUCAAAAAAGUUUCGAACAUGGUACAGUCUAUGAUAAAUCACCUAGACGAAAUGGGUGCGUAUGGCGGUACAAUUUCUGUGCUCGCUUAUAUAGUGCUUCUAGAGAGACUCAAACGGGUAGCCACGAGCAAGGAAGAGAUGACGUUAUAUGCCUUCACUAUUACACAUUGUACAGAAGUAAGAAUGGUACUAUUAGAUUCGAUGCAGCAGGACAAAGGAUAUGAUAAAAUCAGAAUUCAUUCAUCUGAUAAAAUCAACUAUUUAUUAAAUAUUUUAAAGGAAUACAAUCCGAUUCUAAUGAACAAAAAUGGAGUCUCACUAAAAAUUAACAAGUUUAAAAAAACUCUAUCGGCUAUAAUCUUUACUCAAGAGAGAUUUACAUCAAAGAUUUUGUAUAAUUUAUUGAAUGAUGUGAUCGACGCUAACCCAGAGGAUUUUGGCCAUCUGAAACAUGACUUUGUUGUGGGAUUUAAUGUGAACCCUUACAAUAAUACUCGUGAACAGUAUUACACUAAGAAAAUGAGUCACCAAGCAUUGUUGAAAUUCAAAAAUUGCGAUUUGAACUGUUUAAUAUCAACAAGAGUUAUCGAAGAAGGUGUGGAUGUACCGCAAUGCCAUUUGAUUGUGAGAUACGAUCCACCACUUGAUUACAGAUCGUAUAUACAAAGCAAAGGCCGUGCUAGAAGCAGGGAGUCUAAUUUUAUCCUCUUGGUUAAUAAUGAAGAUCAAAACUCAUUCAUAGAACGCUACAACGCUUUCCAAAAUAUAGAGAGACGUGUGCAUCAGUUAUUAAUGGGUAAUACGUCGGAACGCGCUGCGCCAACCGAAGAAGACAUUCAGGAAAAACUAUAUAAUGACGAAAUACCACCAUUUGUUACCGAAAAUGGAGUUCGGCUAUACUCGUCGUCCGCUAUCAGCCUCCUCAGUCGGUACUGUUCAGUGUUGCCGCACGACAUGUACACGCUAAUAACGCCGAUGUGGAUAUUAGAAAAGCUUGCCAAUGAACAACGCUUUGUCACAAUAAUGAUGCCAAUUGCGUGCCCCAUCAAAAAACCCAUACCGGGCGAAGCAUUCAACAACAUUAAAUCUGCCAAAAGGUCUGCGGCACUCAAUGCAUGUGUUCAGUUAUAUAAUAUUGGGGAAUUGGAACAAGAUACGAUGUUGCCGAGGAAAUAUGGUACAAUCAACUUCGAACAAGAAGAUGUCAGACAAUGUUUCCCCAACUGGCCGUGGGAUGAACCAGAACCUGAAUGUCCGAACUUACCCCCUCCGGGUUCUAAAGGGAGAGUGAGGAAACACAAGAAAUUGUAUCCCAGCUGUCUAAGUGGCAAGGAAUUCCACGAUGGCACACAAACAUUUUACUUGCAUUUGAUCAAAUUCGACACAGCCUUUGAGAAACCGGCGGAGUCCCGCGAAAGAGCGCUAUACAAUCUUCUCAAAAUGGACGAGGGAUAUGGUUUCUUGACAAUGAAGCCUUUGCCAAAGUUAUGCGAUUUUCCUCUAUUUUUGACAGUCGGAGAAGUAAAAACUUCUAUAGAAAUGAACUACGCUGUCGUUGAAUUGAAUGUACCGCUGUUUGAAUUGGUUAGGCAGUUUCAUUUUUUCAUAUUCGAUCAAGUGCUAGAAAUAGCUAAGAAGUUCUUGGUGUUCGAUGGAACAACAAAUGGGUUAUAUGUUGUUCCGGUGUGCAAUAAAGGUGGCUUUGAAAUAGAUUGGGAUGUGAUGAAGACAUACACGGAAAUUAAACCAGUCGUUGUUCCCACUUUGAAGGAGCGAAGAUCGGUCAAAGUUACUCGAGAAACAUAUCAAAAUACAGUGGUCACUCCGUGGUAUAGAGCCACUGUUAUACCGGAUAGAUACAUAGUAUCAGAUGUUCUCGAAUACAUGACGCCGAGUUCUCGAUUCGAUUCCGAUUCGUUCGAGUCGUUUGCGGAUUAUUAUGUGAACAAAUACAAUCUAGAUAUAGAGGGACCGCCUGAUCAACCUCUAUUGGAGGUGCGCAGUAUAACAAGCAGAAUGAACUGCCUAAUGCCAAGGGCGGCUACAAUAAAAGCGUUCACAGAGAAGCAAUGCAAGCUGGUCUCUCUAGCCCAAGGAGAUGAUAAGCCGAAGGGUUUCAAUGAAGUAUUCAUACCGGAGUUCUGCAUACAUUACGAUUAUCCCGGCGUGCUUUGGUAUAAGGCUGUUAUGUUGCCAAGCGUUGUGCAUAGAGUGACCAUGCUAUUGGCAGCACAUGAAUUGCGUGCGGAAAUUGCGAAAGCGACCAAUUACGGUCAACCCAAUUUACAAAAAGGUGAAGAAUGGCUCCCAUUAGAAGACAACUUGAAUGUAGCUAUGAAAAGUUUGCUGUCACAAGUCGAAGAGCCUUCAUCAAAUAAUUGUAUUGACAGCAAAAAUAUAUCAGAGACGGAAGGUUCCAGAGAUAAGAAAUUACGCACACAAACUAAUGAUAUUUCGCCAGAACGAAGCAGAUCGCCACAUGUAAGCUACAGGAUUAAUGACCCCAUUGAUGAAAACGCGCCUCGUCCGCUAAAUAUUCUAACGAAGAAAGAAAGCAUUUACCAGUUACAAAAGCAAAAAUUGAACAAGGAAUACGCUUGGGAGGAAACAGCAGAGCCGAUAGAUAUAGAAAGGAAUCUUUCCAAAGUAACUUUAAUGGACAUAGAGUGUUACGAUACAUUUGUGAUGGCGCCGAUCGCUGAUCUCAAGAAUUUGGACACGGUCCGAUCGCCAAACAAACAGCCAAUACCUACAGCUAUAUUGCCACCACCGCUUAGGUACAAGGAUAACAUAGAAUUGCUAUCCAAAACGGCAACAGGCCGUGGACCAGAACUACGUGAUAUAGUAUCAGCAUUAACAUCAAUAAAAUCACACGAUACAUUCAAUUUAGAACGCGCUGAAACUUUGGGAGAUUCGUUCCUGAAGUUUGCUGCGACAUUGUAUCUAUUUCACAAAUUCCCGGCGCUAGAUGAAGGACAAUUAACCAAUAUCAAAUGCAAAUUGAUUGGAAAUAGGAAUCUCUAUUACGCUGGUGUGAAGAAGGGCCUUGCUGGUAGAAUGAAGGUGGAACAUUUCAGUCCGCGCAGUGAUUUCGCAGUGCCGGGAUUUUUCGCGCCCAAAGAACUUAUCAAAUUCAUUGAACAGCAUAAGAUCCGUCCGUCAUACUUAAUAGGUAUGGAGUUUUCUCUCGCCGAGGCUUUGAGCGGGAACCUUUCCGCUGAAAGUCUGAAAAUGGUUGAGCAAAGGUUUACAGACAUGAAUAGUACGGCGGAGGCCGAGCCAGAGGGCAUGGUCCAGAAUGCCAUGCAGGGAUAUGUUGGCGCGCAAGCUGUGUCCGACAAGUCGGUAGCAGACUGCGUUGAAGCAUUCAUUGGUACAUAUCUAAUAAGCGGCGGCAUAGAAGGAGCUGUUAAGAUUUUAGAGUGGAUGAAAGUAAUACCACCUGAGGAUAAUUUCAUACAAUACCUUCAUAAGACCGUGUCUACUCCAAUCAAAGAGGAAAAGAUAAGUGAAAAAGAAGUUGAUGUCCUGUUGAAUUAUACAAGAGACAAAAUUGAGAACAUUCUUGAUUACAAAUUCAACGACCCGUGCUUCUUAUUGGAGGCAUUAUCACAUCCAUCAUACAUACGCAACCGUUACACGCGUUCGUACGAACGUCUAGAGUUCCUCGGCGACGCCAUCUUGGAUUUCCUAAUUACGUCACAUAUAUUUGAAAAUUGCGGCGAUUUGAAACCCGGAGAGUUGACGGAUUUGAGAUCGGCGCUUGUUAAUAAUGUUACGUUUGCGUCGUAUGUUGUUAAAUUGGGACUGCAUAAGUUCCUCUUGUCAAACAUAAACCCUGUGUUGGAUAACGCGAUAUUAACAUUCGUGGAGCACCAAGAACAAAGGGAUUAUGAGAUACAAGAAGAUGUCCUGUACCUUAUUGAUGAGGAGGAGUGCCAAAUUGCUGAAUAUGUUGAGGUUCCUAAGGCUGUGAGUGAUAUAUUCGAGUCGCUAGUGGGUGCUAUAUACCUAGACAGCAAAGGGUGUCUAGAUACAGUAUGGCGCAUAGUAUACCGAAUUAUGUGGAAGGAGAUAGCCAGUUUCUCACAACGCGUGCCGAAACAACCCGUGCGAGUCUUGCACGAGAUGGUGUAUGCUUGCCCGAAUUUUGAAAAACCUAUAGAGACAUCUACUGGAGUACGUAAAGUCAUGGUACCGUUGUCUUUCUCGAAGCAAGGCCAAAGACACACAGUGUACGGCGUGGGCUCAAACAAAUUUCAAGCAAAGAGAGCCGCAUCUAAAUUAGCGCUAAAAAUCCUAGCCAUUUAGAUAAAAAUAUAUUAAGUACUUAGUCAAGUAAAAAAAAUAUCUCGAUAUUUUUAUGUAUGUAAAUUGUUUUAUAUGUAUUAAUUAGACUAGCAUUAAAUAGAAUACUAUUGUAACAGAUUUUAAUAUAUUUUAAAGUAUCACGCUUAAAAUAUUGUAUAAUAUCUGAUUCAGAAAAUAGUUAUUUUUCAUGAAAUUAUUGGGUUCCAUUUUAUAUCCGAAUUAUUUUAUUAUAAAAAUCUCAAACAUUUUAAAGUAUAAUUGCUAUGUAUUUUUGUUUUUGUGUCCUCUGUAACAUAAACGGCUUGGUAGAUAUCGUUACAGGUGCAUUUAUUGUGAGACUGAGUAAUAUAAAAACUUAUUUCGGCGCCAAAUUUAUUAAAAGCGUAUAAAAUAGGUUUUUUAUGUGAAAGUUUGAAACGGUUGAUUACAAUUAAAAUUUUAAUUUAUAACUUCAGGUCUUUUACAGCAAAUUAUUAAUUUUAUUAUUUACUAGCUUCCGCCCGCGACUCCGUCCGCGCGGGUGUC